UAACAGAAUAAUAUUAAUAGUUUAAGGAUUUAAUCUUGUGUAGUAAAAGAGCGAAUGUCUUCAGGUAUCAACAACCAAGAACCUCACAUUGCUUCCGAUAUGAAGAGAAAAGCGUUAAAUGUAUAAGAAUUGCCAUACAAACCCAUACUGGAACUGUUUUUUACAAAACGGUCCUGCCAAGCAGCAGCUGCAUUGUAGAAUGGGAUUUGAACAAAACUGGACGCUGCAAAUUUGCAAGAUUUUUUUGAAUGAAUCACUUGCUGCACAAGCUUGGAAUACAACAGGAUGAUCACAAUAUUCAGACGAGCGGGCUCAAUAACUUGCAUAAAUUAAAAGCAAAACAAAUGCUGUAUUUAUGGUAGUAUUUUUUUUAACAGACAUCUAUUUUAUAUAUUUUUAAGUAUUAGGAAAACAUUUAAUACACUUUUUUCGGGUAUCACAGUUAAUUAAUCUACAUCUGUAGUUUUCAAAAAAAAGGGAAAGGAUUUUAGCUAGCUAGUUUAUUGCUUCUGUUUAUAGUGAUUACUGUACGGAAACAAUAAAUAUAUAAAUAGCAGAAUUAAUAAAUCAUCAUAAAAUAAGAACUUUAUGGUCUGGAGAGACAACUUAACUAACCACAGUCUGAAAUGACUGGGUCCAAUUCGAAUAGCACCUGCACAGCAGCUGCGAAAGUGAAAAAACACUCUAGAUCAAAAAGCACCAACAACUGUAGUAGUCCUAGCAGUGACAGUACUGGUGCAGAAUCUGCUCCUAGCGGUUCUGCAAACAAUGCGAGCAGGUCUUCGGUAGAAGUAGAAGAAGAAGAAAAAGAUGGAGGAGUGCUGUUUUAUGUGAACAAAAGUGGCUUCCCAAUAGACAGUCAGACCUGGGAGAGGAUGUGGACUCAUGUGGCCAAAAUUCAUCCUGAAGGGAAAGAGAUGGUUGACAGAAUACGAAUUGCUGCAUACCUACCUAAACCUCCUGUGCUAUCAGUGCCUAACUUCAGGCCAUCGAUGUCUGUCCUAGACUGGCUCCUGGUGGUACAGAACUACAUGAAGACGCUGCAAUACAAUCAUACAGGGACUCAGUUCUUUGAAAUUAGGAAAACCAGACCGUUAAGUGGGUUGAUGGAGACGGCGAGAGAAAUGAUCCGGGAAUCUCUUCCUAUAAAAUGCCUUGAAGCCGUGAUACUUGGAAUCUACCUGACCAAUGGGCUUACCUCUGUGGAGCGCUUUCCCAUCAGCUUCAAAACACAGUUCUCAGGGAACUACUUCCACCACGUGGUCCUGGGCAUAUAUUGCAAUGGGCGAUACGGCUCGCUGGGCAUGAGCAGGAGGCCAGACCUUAUGGACAAGCCGCUAGCCUUCCGGACCCUGAGCGAGCUCAUCUUCGAGUUCGAGGACUCCUACCGCAAGUACCUGCACACGGUAAAGAAGGUGAAGAUUGGGCUGUAUGUGCCUCACGACCCGCAUGUGUUCCAGCCCAUUGAGUGGAAGUAUCUGGUGCUCACCUCCAGCGGGGUGGCACACGAGGAGAUGCGCAAGGAGAUGGAGAAACAUGCACGGGACAUGAGAAUGAAGAUACUGAAGUCCUCAACAGCCCAGUCUCCUAUUAAAGAGCGACGAGGCAAGUCGUUGUCACCACGUCGAAGACAAGUGAGUCCUCAGAGACGCCAAGUUCACAAAAGGGAUAAAUCGCCUGCAACGAUAGACAAAAAACCUGCAGAACUUAGCACCUUGAAUGACGUGGGCUACCAAAUCCGGAUCUGAGGGGAGAAGCCAUUGGGCAGAAUCUGUGAUCUUCCAUGGUGCUCCUACUUGCACUUUACCUUAAAAUCUGUUUUAAAACUCUUUUAUGGCUAUUUAUUAAAUACUGUGUAAAUACUUGAGUUUCCAUUGCAACUUUUAGGGUCUGUAUAGAGGAGGUAAGGCAACUUAUUACACACAAGAAAGGGUCAAGAAAGCCCCAAGGAGCAGUCUUCAAUUUGACAUUGAAGAAACUCUUGUUUGGUUGACUAACGUGCGUUUCAGCAUAGGGCUGGGAAAUGGCUAUAUUCCACUCCACUAAAUGUAUAGGUUAGGGCAAGACAUUUGACCUUCUGUUUCUGCCACACUGUAAAUUAAAUGUGGCAUAACAGUUAAACUACUGGAGGUAAACAAUUGAAAAAAAAUGGUAUCAAUUAAUUUUUGGUUAGUAUUCCACAACAUGUAAUAUAUACAGUGAAUGGCCUACACAUUAGAGAAUGUAAAUCUAAAAAGUCCUUCUGUGAUGUACGCAGAUCUAACAUGCUGUGUCUAAAUCUAGAUAAAUCUAGAUAAAUCUAAAUCUAGAUAAAUCUAGAUAAAUCUAAAUCUAGAUAAGCUGCUGGGAGUUUUGUGCUACAAUCAUGUAAAAUCAGAAGGAUCUCUGUGGUUCACAUGAUAGUGGGUGCCAGUGCACCCAGCUUGUCCAUGUAUGCAGUGGCUGCAUUUAUCAACAAUGGGGGAGUUUCCAUGUGUGGUUAUUUACACGUGAAGUGGUGAUGCGCGUGCACAUUUGGGAGAACAGCUCAAGAUGAUCAGAUUUGUUGCUGAAAAUAACUGCCACAGAGAGGGACAGGGUAAAUCUCAUUUACUUGAGAGCAUGACGUAAAACAUGGGAAAUCCACGCCCAUUUUCACAUGGAAACCCGUAUUUCAGGUGAAAGCGUCCACUGCUCCCAGUCCAGACAGUCUUCGAGCAUACAUGGAAGGUGUCACAGAUCUCUAUAAUCCUACGUCUCUGAUGGUUUUCAGCCAUGGUGAUCUGCAAUAGCUGGGUUGGACAGUUUCAUUAUAUAUCUCUGGGUUAAUUUUUUAUUUUUUUUUAGUUAAUAAGUCGUGUGAUAAAUUAGUUUAAAUAUUAUUCACUACUAACGAUAACGAAAACAGCACGAGAACUCUACGGGUGGCUAAUUUGCAUAUCGACCUCCUCCUUUCCCCUUCAUUUGCAUGACGUCGGGUGAAAAGAGGGUCUUCUCGAGUAAAACAAACCGAGGCAAUGGAAACCCGAAAUGUAUUGGGCCAUUUUUCAUGCGGCUUGAGCACAAUGUCUGGAGUAAAAUUAGAACACACAUGGAAACUCCCCCAUUGUCCAUCAGAAAAACACCACCUGAAAGCACAAUUCUGAUCCCAAGGGUCAUGACAUAUGAAGACCACAGACGUGUGACAAACCAGACAUGGUCCAAGUCACAAACCUUCAACAUUGAACAAGACACACAGCUAUUGAGCGCUAUUUUAAUGAAAGGUCAAAGACAAAUUGUCUGAAAGAUUAUAAAACAAUGUCAACAGUAUAAACCUAGCAACAUACUUGCAGGAAGGAUCUAAUGUUCUUAUAUUUUCUUGCUAGUUUUAUACUGUUAAAAAUAUUCCACUCUGAUGAUUAGCCUUUGCCUUUUUCACUUACUUCAUUGUAGCUAAAAUCAUCAUUGGUGUCAUCAUUGUUGAGUAAUUCUUAUUGUAUUAUUUAUUAUUAUUAAUUACUAUAAUGUUUUAAGAAUUUUAGCAUUUCCCUUAAAAGGUUUUUAAUACUUUUUUGAAUACAACAACACAAAUCUCUACAGCGUAUAGGUAGGCUGUAAAUGGAGUGUUGUUUCUAAGUAAUGUUGCUCAAAAAACAUUCUGUUGGUACGUUAUAGACAUGAUAUACCAAUUAAACUAUCCAGUUACAGCUAGGUCCUGUUAAUGUUUUCUCCAAACUAGGAUUUGAACAUCUGGAUCAAAUGAUUUGUCUAUCAGAGAAUGCUGUAGCUGAGAUGAGAUUUGUACCCAGUCUCCUCUUUGUUUUCAAUUAGCCCUAUAUAGACAGCACUGUCUCUUCUAAUAUCUCAAGACAAGCUCUUUUAUAUCUUCAAACAAUGCAAGAAGGUGGGCGGCAAAAUCCUGUCCAUGCAAUUCUCAGUUUGUUUGUCCAGUUAAUAACUUAUUUCAUUGCUUAAUACCGCUAUUUAUUUAAACAGCGACAUUUAACAGUGCGAAAGAAUCUUCUUCUUUCUAUAAUGUGUAAUGCAUACAAGGUUUUUUUCUUAUUGAAGCUCUUCUAGAAAUGAAACCACACCAUAUCAAAAUGAGAUUAAAAUAUCUGCUUUUUUAUCAAAUCUUUUUAAACAAAGGAGCAAUUUACAGUAUUUGUGAAAGGAAAGCAAACACGUUGUAGAAUUGGCAGCUAAGAACAAGUGGCUUUCUGAAAAUACAUAUUUUUAACUUUGAAAAAAGGAAAUAGUAAUGUAAUGUUUUAAUAUAAGCACUUUUAAAUAAUACCAAAGGAUUUGGCUUAAGAUUUCUCAUUGUCUGGUUCUGUCACUAACAAAUUCCAAAGCAGUGGCUGCUGUACAUAACAAGUCUCUGGUCAGUAUUUUAAAGUUAUCUAUAUAACUAGAAAAUUCUGCUAAGUUAUUAAAAUGUUAUGAUGAAAAUCUUAGACAGUCAUUGAAUUUGCAGCCAGUGAAGUAUAUUCAAUUGAUCUACCGCUAUACUCUUUAGAUCAUUAAAAUAAGGCCCUUUAUAUACCAAGGAUAUGAAAUUGAAACAUCUCACAGUGCAGACCAGUCUCGCUGGUGUAUUUCUGUAAAAAUAUGUAUAGUGCCUAAGGCAAUUAAACAUGGGCUGUGUUUACUAUAGAUCCGCCAGCAUUUUGAUCGGUUCAGUAGCCGCAUUAGUUUUAGUGUUUUCUCAGUCUCAUAAGAAAACUCCUCAAAAGGUCAGUAUUAGUAAUACACAAUUGUUUUCCCUGUAUUACAGAUUUCUGUCUGUUAUCUGUUGAUGUGCUGGCAUGUAAAAUGGGAUAAAAUUGAAAUAUCAAGCAUUACAUUGUAUUUUAUUUAGUAUCACAUUUAAAUACUGGAUAUCAAUAAUACAAUAAUAUUCAUACUUCUGCACCUUCAAAUUAGCCUGACUUACAGUUCAGUAAGCCGUUGAUUAAGUGGCAUCAGCGAAGCAUGAACUGUCUGCAUUUUCUUAGCAUAAAUUGUACUUCAUGAGAAAUAAAUGACUAGGACAUGCCAACAAUAAUACAAUAUUGAACUUAAGAUUUAGGGCCUUUCAUUUCAGAUGUCUUGAUAUUGCACUUAUAGUGCAGAUUAGAAAGACGGGAACACAUAGUAAAAUGCUUUAUGGUGUGAUUCAAAAAUAGCUUUGUGUAUUAUUUCUUUUAAUUACAGGGCUGCCUUCCAGCUUAAACAAAGAGGUUACAAUUAAGCAAUAAUUGCAAAGAAAUCAUGUAAAUAUACAUUUUUAGCUUAAUAAACCUGUUUGCAAACACAUUAGUAUUUUGUGAAGUAAUUGUUACAUCUACUUCAAUUUACAUCUGUAUCUGGAGUAAUAAUUUAUUGAAUGAAGCAUAUUGAAAGCCAAAUACUUCUUACACAGCAGCUUUCAUAGGCCAAACACCUGUCUACCAGGGAAACCUGCACAUAGCAGUAUUCUUACCAUUUGCUUCAAUGCAGUCUUCCCAACUAUCUAACUUCCAGACUUAAUGAACAGUAGUCUUGUCUCCAUUUUUUUUUCAUUCUACAGUGUUUCAAAGAGUUGUUAUCCUGCUCAUGGUUUUGUGUGUUUAGUACUGGUUAUAGUUUUACAGUUUCUCAGAUUAGAUCUACACUGUUUCUCUGUUCCCAAACCUUUGCUUCACUAGAGCAGUGAGCGUAAACCAAAACUGUCACCAAUUUAGUGAUGCAGCCCAGCCAUUCAAAGUCUCUAUGUUUAUACAGCUCAAUUGUACCGAAUACAGUGGUGUUAUAUGAAGCAUUUCCUCUGUUCUGUAAAAAAAAAAAAAAAACUGUUUGUAACAUAGGUUGGAAACCAAUGUGUUCAGUAAUCUAGAGAGCCUCCUGAUGCAAUGCACUGUUGACUGUAUGUUUUAAACUCGCAUGACACAUUUUAA